AUAAACAAAAUAGCACUUGUAGAGCUUCAGUUUCGGUGUUACUAUUAUUUUUCAGUAUGAAAAGGGUGUACCAGUUUCAACUUUGUUUUCUAAUGUAUCUUGCGGUCGUCUGUACCGGAGAGGAAGAACCUUCAAGAGGACCGAAACGCACAAAAGUGUCACCGUACGCCGGAAUCAUCCCAUUUCUACGAACCGGACGUUCCGGACAUCCCCACUUCACACUUUCCGAAUAUGAAAGUAACGAACCAGUCAAACACGCGAAAUCGGGACGCACAAUAGUGACAUUCCCGGGGGUUGGACGUUCGGGAACGCUGGAGUACGUUCAAGGCGCCGAUCCGAACGGAAUGGAUAAGAGGAGCGAUUUAAGCGGCGGGAAUGGCUUGUGGUUUGGCCCGCGUCUUGGUCGGGUUCAAAAAAGGUACAAGGGUGACACGCCGGCAGCUUACCUUUACUUUGGAGAAUAUACUCCCAGACUGGGACGAGAAUCGGCUGAGGAGAUUGAAGACGACGGUGAAGACGAGAGUAAUUUAAAUAAAUCAAUGUGAAAUGACGUUAUGUAAAUUUUAUGAAAGUUGGGCGUGUUUCGUAUAUAAGCAGAUAUUUUUAUUAUGAUCUAACUGUUUAAGGGUUUAUCUGAAUUAAUAACUAUGUGUGUAAAUCUUCCCACAAUGGACUAUUAAUAAAAAUUAUGU